AUGGCACCAAUCCCCUUGACCGCGCUGCUCCAACACCCCGGCCCAGCUCCAACACUGACAUGGGCACUGUUUUCCAGCACAGGCGGAACGCAUUGGGCUAAGAUUCUCCUUCCGCUACCGACACCCCAGCCUCCAACGACAUACCUACACUCGCAACAACAUGGCAUCUGGCUCAACACUUUACACUCCAGUGAUCAUGCGGGCACCCCCUUUAUGACCCUCGUCCUCUGCCCUGGCGACCACACGCCCACAGGACACCACCCACGCUUGGGAGUGUUGGCUCCGGCAGGGCAUAGCACGAUGGUCCAACGUAUACCGCAAACGGAGGGACUGGCGUACCACUUGCAUCCGCCAAACGCAUGUACAACAACGCACUGCCUGGUUUCAAGGCCGACAAACACAGAAAUUUCUUCGCUCGGCGCACGGGGCCCCUACACCGCCCAUCUCCAUCCAAAGUGCCAUAGUGCGUACAGUUGA